GAGCAGAGGAUGAAUGGACGAGGCUCCGCCCCCUGCGCGUGCAGCGCGGCAGCCUGGUUCACACAGUCAGGUCCGUCCGCGAGCGCCUCACCUCCACCAGCUCUACGCCGCUCCGCAGGAGUCUAACGGCAACGUCAGAGCCAAGAUGGGGCGGAAGGAGAUCAUCUGCAGCUGGAAGAAAAACAUCAAUAACAUCAAGGAUGUGUUUGACUUCAAGGGGAAGAUGGGGUCGGGGUCUUUCUCUGAGGUUUUUAUGGUGAGAGAGAAGAAUACAGGAAACCUGUAUGCCCUCAAAUGUCUGAAGAAAAAACAUCUCACUCAUAGCAACCUGGAAAAUGAAAUCAAUGUACUGCGAAGGAUAAAGCAUGAGAACGUAGUGGGACUGGAGGAUUUCUACGAGAGUCGAACACACUACUACCUGGUCAUGCAACUGGUGUCAGGUGGGGAGCUGUUUGAUCGCAUUUUAGACAAGGGGGUUUACACUGAGAAGGAUGCCAGCACAGUCAUCAAACAGGUGCUGCAGGCCGUCAGCUACCUGCACGAAAACAGCAUUGUACACAGGGACCUUAAGCCGGAGAACCUGCUGUACUAUAACACAGAUGAGAAUGCUAAAAUCAUGGUCAGUGACUUUGGUCUGUCCAAGACGUUGGAGCACGGUGUGAUGUCCACAGCCUGUGGUACGCCAGGAUAUGUUGCCCCCGAGGUUUUGGCCCAGAAACCCUACAGUAAAGCAGUGGACUGCUGGUCCAUUGGAGUCAUCACUUACAUCCUGCUCUGCGGCUACCCUCCAUUCUUUGAAGAGAACGAGACUCGUCUGUUUUCAAAGAUCAUGAGGGCCGAGUACGCUUUUCAUUCACCCUUCUGGGACAACAUCUCUGAGUCAGCCAAAGACUUCAUCAGGAAUAUGAUGGAGAAAAACCCCACAAAACGCUUCCUCACUGAACAGGCACUCAAACACCCCUGGAUUGCUGGAAACGCAGCUAAAGACCUCGACAUUUUUCAGUCUGUCUGUGAACAGAUGGAGAGAAACUUUGCCAAAUCCAAAUGGAAGCAAGCCUUCCAUGCAGCCUCAGUAGUCCAUCACAUGAAGAAACUGCAGUUGUCCCAGAGUGAGCCUCCCUCCUCACCGCUGUCCAUGCCCCACAUUAUAGUACAGUCCUCCUCCCACAAUGACCUUGAGAUGCUGGGACCCUGCCACGAUGAGGCUGACACCCUCGAUCCAAAUGGUAAUCCCAUUCAUUCCGCCAAUCAUCUAUCCUGCAGUAAUCCUGAGUCGCAAAGAGGAGUCUUUCCACCACUGAGAGCCAGUCACAGUGAGCCUGGCAACGCCCUCACCGUUGAUGAGACAAGAGAAGUCAAUAACUUCCGUUCAGAGAUUGACGCUCCUUUCAGGCCAUCCAAGAGUCUGGAUGCUGUGGCUCAGAGGAAGGACCAGCAGCUUCAGUCCGGAGUUUGUUCUGUCAUGUGAUUGGCUGGCUAACCUGAGCUAAAUCUCAUGCAGUUUGUGUCUCGAGUUGACGGCACUCAGUGGCAUCCAUCUCGGUGUGAAGAUGUUGAUACGCCUGGUGCUCAGCUUUUUCAUGCCUGUUGUGGUUCUCUGCUCCAGAAAACAUGUUCCAUGGACAAACACAUACAGUAUCUACACAAUAAAAACCACUUUAACGUGGAAUGAUGAUGAUGAUGAUGAUGAUGUGUAUAUGCAGUCAACACCAUAUUAAGGCAGACACAAGCAGGAAUUCAUAAUUAAUAAUUCAUGCAAAAUGCUGCUAGAGUGAUGAGAUAUUUCUCAGAACUAUUAUCUAUCGCAUAUUAUUGUAAAAUGUUACUAAAUGCCAUUCAUUAAAAAUGUAUUUCUUUUGAAUAGUUUGAGCUGGCAUACUGUAUGCAAUGUGAAAGCUAAUUUAUGAUUUUUUCUUUAGUUUUUUGGAGACUGACAUGGCUGUACUUUGAAUUUGAAGUUUUUCAAAACUUUUUCACUCUCCAAACUUAAGAAUCAUAUAUUUUCUGCAUAUCUUUAUCAAGAUACUUCCUUCUUGCUCACCGUUCCACACGAAAUAAUGAAAUCUGGCAAUGUAAUUUCAACCGCAGGCAGAAUUUCUGAUGGAUUACAUUGAUGGAUUCCAACUUCCACCUUAUAUAAAGGUAAUGAAUGGAAACUCUUCUUUUUAUUUGAGAUUAAACUUUGUUUUGAGGUGGAGUCAGUGACACAGCACCACGUGUGUGCUGUGUUUUCUGUGUCAUGUACAUAACCUGCUCUCU